AUGUCGACCGUUGCCUUGUCGUCGAGCACGUCUCGACCGCCUCACUCCUCUCGCUCUUUGCCUGUCAUCACCGUCUUCAGUCAUCCCGCCGCCCGUCUCAUCAAGACUGUGCCGCAACUACAGCCUCCCACUCGAAUCAAUGCGCAUAUCACCCAAGAUACCCUCGGCGUCGGCCGCACUUCUCCAUCCGAUCUCGUCUUGACAGACGUCUAUGGUCCCCUUUCACUUCUCGUCGUCCCUGAUCCGCUUGAUGCCUCCAUUGCAACUCUUGUCCUCUCCGUCGGCUUUCACGACCCUAACCUCCAAGGUGCUGCGCGACGCUUCGUGCUGCCAUUCCGCUCCUUUAAACGUGAUCCCAUCUCUGGACAGCUCGUCUCCCAGUCCCAGAUCGACGGCUUUGAUGCCGCUGACCGCACCAUAUAUCCUGGUCUAGGUGCAGGUCUCAAAGGUCUCGACGGUGGAAGCUUUUGGUUUUUCGAGGACAUCGGAGAGCAUGGUGCCUUGGAUCGCUUCCGCUGGGAAAGUCACAAGGUUGCUCGCCGCGCUAUCUGGACAGUCUGGCUCAUCAGUACUCCUGCGCCCGUUGUUCUUCACCUCCAAAAUUUGCUUCAAUCCUACCCCGCAACCGUACCUUCCCUUCCACCAUGGCUGAAAGAGCGCAACGGCUACCCUUGGCAAGACAGCUACUUGGUGCAUAUGCUUCCACCCUCUCUCUCAGCAGAACAGCAUCAACCUCGCCACCAGCCAACUAGCCCCACACUCGUCCCCACCAAUCUCGCUCCAGCAGACGCAGCUGCGAUCGCCAUUCCACUUGAUCACAUCGCUGCCACAACUCUUCCGGAUACAGACCAACAACCAUGUGCAAAUUCCAACCCAGGCUCUUCUCUAUCCGUCCGCGCAAACCCCCUCGGCAAUGGCUCUACCUCGAUUUCCAUUGGCGACGCUCCCGAGGUCAUUUUGCGCGCACCAAAUCGCACACCCCCUCCUCCUUCGCAAUACAGAAAUAGCUUGGUUGCGGUCGACAAUCUCACUGGACAGAUCGUUGGCGUUUUGGCCUCCCAUGUCGACCUCGGCGCCACCACAGACAGCAGCGAUGAUGUUGACGCCGAUGCCGACGAACAAGACGAAGCAAAGACCCCUCUCGAUGAACAGCCACACUUUUUACAUGAAACCACCACUCCCCAUGCUCUCGGCCUGCACAACGAGUCCAAGCUGCUGCCCGAGCUGCCACCUGAUCUGCCCGACAGUAUCACACAAGCCGACUCUCCAACUCCUCGAACCAGCACAACUGUAAAUCAAAAUGCCUCUGUCUAUCACAUUCCAGCCGACGUCAGCGACACUUGCCGUCCACCAUCGAUUCUUGCUGCCGAUACCUUUAGCCCUCCUCCCCUUCCAAUCAAGCAGCAAAGUCCAACAAAAAGGGAAGCUGUGCCAUCGCGUCCCACUAGCGCUGUCUCGGCUGCUUUCUUCACAGCCGAGUCUGAUCUAGAUACCAUGUCCACCUACGACUCGGACGCCCUCGAGAUCGACGCAAGCACAAUCACUCACGACAGACUCUGCGCCAGCGUCACCACAAUUCCGCGAAACGCUGCUGCCAACGACGUUGAACGACAUCGUCCGGAGCUUCUUCGUGAUCUUGUCCUGAACGACGACGAUGCUGCUUCAGACGCGAGCGGCAGCACCGUAGGUGGUCCUGCUCUUCGUAUGUGGCGCAAGGCAAGAGGCAAAUCAAAGAACAAGCUGACGUCGCCCGCAACUGCUGCCGCUGAUAACGCCAAUGAUUCCAAAUCUCCCAUCAAGUCAUGCCGAGCCAGUGAGUCAUCGCACCGCACCAGCAAUGCCGAGACCGCUCUCGAGACGUUUUCGGAUGACGAAAUGGCCGAAGAGAGCCAGCUACAGCAACACGAGCAAAAGUCGGUUGGUGAUGACCGUACGCGUGCCGAGCUCAACCUAAGUCGUCGGUCUCACCUUGCUAGAUCGGCAAUGUGCACAGAUCAGGUGCGUCACAUUGAGGAUCGCAUCUGGCGUGAAGCUCUGGAGGGCGGUCACUUGCCCAUCGAUGCACCUUACACACAUCUGGCUGCCCGUGGCAAUCCAGAGUUGUACUCAUCAUCCAUCGUGUCCAGUGCUCGUUCCAUCACCGAUGGCUCUGCCAUCGAGCUUCUGUCUGUCGAUCACAAGGCUCCUAGCAGGGAGCGCAAGCGACGCCAGCACACUCAGCGUGCUGAGAGACACAAUUACAUGCAGGGCGGCACCGUACUCAUCGAGUUUCUCGCCGGAUCUAGUCGGAUCGGUGCUAGUCUGAUUCGCAGCGCUGGUCUCGUUGCUAGUGGUAAAGAUGAACAGUCUGCCGCCCAAGAGUUGACUGUGCAGGGCUCGUCCGGAACAGCCGAGCUAGCCCUCAAUGUGCUCGACUAUGUACCUUUGCUGCCACAGCAUUUGUUGUCUUUUUUUGGUCUAUCGUCGAGCUCGCACGUCUCGGGGACCGCACCUCAGCCUCCUCGGCUUACCGCCUCCUCGUCCACCUCGUACCUGCCGAGUCUAAGUCUGCCGAGCUUGCCGGACUGGUUCACCAACUUUUUCGGCUUCGGUUCUUCCACUGUGGCUGGAAGCUCUGCCACUGAGGAUGAAACGGUGGAGACGAUGGGCGAUCCGUCGAAAGCGGAAGAGUGGGAAUACGCGAUCCCCGAGUUUGAUCCCAACUCUUUGUUCAGCACUCCUCGUCCUGUGUACCGUCGCAAACGUCCCGUACCUUGCGCCAUGAACGGCUUCAGCAUCUCGGCGGCUGCGCCGUCUUGCGCUUCCAACGCAACCGACGACGCCCAGCUUGGAGCUCGAGACGCUGCGACGCUGGCGCGCUCGACACCCGAGACGGCAGCAGCCAAUAGUCGAUACUCGAUCUUGCACUUUGAUAGCCUCGGGGUGGGCCGACGAGCGUUCCUUCGUGGUAUGCCUGCAGUUAAUGCCGCCUGCUUCUAG